AUGAUUAAUCAAGAUUUGACAUAGCCAGCUAAUCAUAAUAAAAAAUCAUUAAUUUAGCCUAUUGAACUCAAUAAACAUAAAGUUUGUUAGCAUUAGAAUAAAAUUUAUUUUUCUACUCGACAAAUCUCUCCUAAGAAAUCUGCAAAUUAGAAAAGUAACAAAAAAAUAAAUGAAAGGCUUGGGUGAAACUUUGUUGAAAUCUACAUCAUAAAAAUAGUUUAAAAACUACAUAAAAAGAUUUUCAAGAAAUAAGUCAAAUAAAAGAUGUAGAUACAUAUAAGAAAAUAUUUCCAAAAGUAGUAUUUUAAGAUGAUAAAAUCAAUGUAUAUUUUUUUAAGGAAUUCAACCAAAAAAUUGAAACAUGAGUAUCAACUUAAGAUUAAGGCAUCAGAGAACAAACAAUACAAGAAGUAAUAAACCAGAGAGUUUCAAUCAAAGUACUUAUAGAAGGCAAUUAAAAUUAAAUAUAACCAAAAAUAUCUUAAGGUAUUUUGA